GUGAACGCACCACAGCCACAGAGACCGUGAAUAAAUACAAGCUGUCGACUCGACAACAAUGACAAGAAAACUCAGUUUUACACCGUAACUUUCUUUAAACUCUUGGAUUAUGUGAUAUAAUAUUAUGUCACCGUGCUGCUGCUGUUAGUAUGACGAAUAAAACAAAGCCAAAGUUUAGGAAAAUAAGUGUUUGCCAAACCACGUCAAAUCAUCUGUCGUGGCACCCAGAGGAGUGUGUGGGCACAAAGAAACCGAGAAAUACGCAAUAAUUCAGGCUGUCUUUUAAAAUGGACUCAGACGUCUGCCCUGUCUAUCAGUCCGACUCCUUGUGUUCUGCUACUGUUCCCAUCGAUGAAGCCUCUGAGGGUGGGGCCAGAAGACAGACUGAAGCAGCUCCGCCAGGUUCGGAGGUGGAAGAUGUUGAAUCCUACAACCUGAUCGAGCCUCCUCCGUUAGACUGGAGGUCUGAUUCCUCCAGUGAGGCGGGCUCCGGAGAUGACCUGGAGGACCCCACCUUCCCACCUUCUGCUGACAGUCUGGACAACGCCACUCCGAAUGAGCCAGUUUUACUAUCUUUGAGUGACACUCUGGCUAUGAUUGGUGUGAACCUGCAGGAGCUUGUGGGAGCUGUUUCAGAACCAGUACUGGUACCAGAAUUGGAAGAAAAUGAAGAAACAGUUGAGAAGGAAGAGGAGGUGAGGGUUGAGGACUUGGAGGAUGUUGGGCAUUGCCAGGAGGAGAUAUGUGUCGUGGAGCAAAGGGUGAAUGAAGAAGAUGUGGUGUUGGCUAUCAGGAGAUCAGAUGAUGAUGAAGACCACAGCCGCAUCCACAGCCUGCUCAGUCAGCUGCAGCUGCUGGGGGAAGAGCCUCAGCCCACCUGCCGGACACCCCCUCACCUGGCCCAGCAGCAGUACUCCGACCUCUGCUCCCCCUCCCUCAUAACAGACGACAGCACUGAGUCCACCGGGCUGCUGUUCUCUAAGAGCCACCAGAGAGACCUGCAGGGUCUGCUGCAGUACACAGAGAUCAGAGCCACACCCAGCCCCCCCGGUCAGCCCCACAGAGGAGACAUGGACGCUGUGGUGUCCGUUUCCUACAGCCAGGAGGACGCUCACAGGUUCUGGGGACAUAAUGGUCAACAGCAGCUACAGAGGGAGGACUCGCUGCCUGAUGAGGAGUAUCCUGAGCCUGUGUGGAUGAAGAUGGGCGAGGAGCCUCCGGAGGAAAAGGAGGCUGCUGCAGAGAGCGAGCAGAGUGCAGAUCAUCCUACAUAUAAAGACGUGCCUGGUCCAUGUGACCCUGAAGAUCUGUUGGAUGGAGUGAUCUUCGGUGCCAAGUACCUGGGAUCCACUCAGUUAAAAUCUGAGAAGAACCCGUCUACAAACGCCCGUAUGUCGCAGGCUCAGGAGGCUGUGGACCGCAUUAAGGCUCCAGAGGGAGAGUCCCAGCCAAUGACAGAGGUGGAUCUGUUCAUCUCAACACAGAGAAUCAAAGUUCUCACUGCUGACACUCAGGAAGCCAUGAUGGACCACGCUCUGCAGAUGAUCUCUUAUAUUGCAGACAUCGGCACCAUUGUGGUUCUGAUGGCACGAAGGAAACGUAAAGGGCAGGAUGCUGACCCCGCCUCCAAGUCUUCCUCCACAUCCUCCUCUGUGCCUCAGAAGAAAUACUCAAUGAUCUGCCACGUCUUCUUAUCUGACGAUGCUCAGGUGAUCGCCCAGGCCAUCGGUCAGGCGUUCGGCGUGGCCUACCAGCAGUUUCUCCAGGCCAGUGGCAUCAAGGCCAGUGACCUGAGGCCGGGCGAGUACAGUGACUACCUGGAGAGUCAGGAGCUCUACAACGGAGACCUGGCCCACUUCUCCGACUCUCAGAACAUCCGAGAUGUAGCCAUCACAAAGGCUGCUGGAGAGAUCUUGGGCCUGGCGGUGGUGGAGUCGGGCUGGGGCUCCAUCCUGCCCACAGUGGUGGUGGCCAACCUCCUCCACGGGGGGGCGGCUGAGCGCUGCGGAGAGCUGAGCAUCGGGGACCGCAUCAUGUCGGUGAACAGCACCAGCAUGGUGGGGCUGCCCAUCACCACCUGCCAGAACAUCAUUCGGGACUUAAAAAGCCAAAAGUUUGUGAAGCUCAGCAUCGUCCACUGCCCACCAGUCACCAUGGCGAUUAUUAGGAGGCCAGAUCCCAAGUUUCAGCUGGGCUUCAGUGUGGAGGACGGCAUUAUCUGCAGUCUGAUGCGGGGCGGUAUCGCAGAGAGAGGAGGCAUUCGUGUUGGUCAUCGCAUCAUUGAAAUCAACGGGCAGAGUGUUGUCGCCACAACGCACGACAAGAUCAUCCAGAUCCUGACCAAUGCUGUCGGAGAGAUUCAUUUGAAGACCAUGCCAGCUUCAACAUAUCGACUUUUAACCGGACAGGAGCAGCCCGUGUUCCUUUGAGCACUGCCUGCUGCUUAAAGGGAAAAAUACUGCACAGUGUUCAAGCUACCUGGACUUUUGCCAAAUUAUGGAAAUAUUAUGCAAUUUAUAAUACAGCAUAGCAUAUGCUGUUGUCACACCACUGAAUACAACAAACUAGUCUAGCUAUAUAUUUUUAAGAUUUUAAAUACAAUGUUAUAUUGUGAAAGCUUAUUUUAAAGUGACGGGGAUAGAUGGUAGCUUCCCAUUUAUAUUUAUCUGAUAUUUAACAAUGCAGGCAGUAGCUGAGAUACAAUGACUCAUAAGCAUAAUAUAUUUGGCUUCACUUGCUUUUAAAAUUGUAGUAAAUGGUGUUUAAUGUUCUGCACUAGAGUUGUUGGUCUUCCAGCCUGGUGUGUUGCCAGUGUGCCUCAGCUGAACGUGCUAAAAAGAGUCUGUGUAUUACAUUAUGAUGUACCGACAGUCCAUCACGUACACAUGCUUAUCAACUGUCAGAGUGUCGGUGUCUGUCAGAGCGCUCUGCUUUAUACACACAAAGAUUCACGUACUGUGCCUGACAGGGCGCCGAUAUCAUGCACAAUUAAAGGUAACUGCCUUAUUUCAUAGAGAGAGAAAGAGAUGCGUAUAUUUUUAAUAAAUUGUUGUUUUGGAUGUUCAUUAAAAUGAUCUUUAAGAUC